AUGUUGUUUGUCGCGUUCUCGCCUGCUAAUCGGCUCAGUAAAUUCUGUAGCCAAAAGAGAAUUAAAGACAUGCUUCAGCACUAUAUUGAGCUUCCGGUUGAGAGGAGAUUGACGAUUGAGAAUUUGGAGCUACAAAUAAAGAAGAGCACAUUGGAAUCGCAAAUUUUGGAUGCUAAUAUAAGGUCAUUUGAUUCAGUAUCACAAAUGGAAUUGGAGAAACAAGAAAAGAUGGAUGUUGACCUUGUUGCACAACAAACAACUCCUCACCAGUUUGAUACUAAUAAUUGGACUAAUCCAUACAUUUCAAAUAUCCAGGAGAGCAUACUUCAAGAUUGGAUGAAUGAAGGGAAGGGAAUAGCAAAUAGUUCUGGAAAUUACGCAUAUAGCCCUUCCUUUCCGAGUUCUUCACAAAAUGGGAAUAUAACAUUUUUUCAAAGCCAAAACUCGUCACCUUAUAUUCCGUUGCAAAAUCAACAACAAAACAUAAUGAUAGAUGUCCAUGAGAAUCCUACACAAACAUUUGGACAAUUACAGAGUCAAGAACAAAACAUGAUGGUAGAUUUCCAGCAGAAUCCAACACAAAUAUUUGGACAAUCACAGGCACAAAUGACUUGUGGUGAAAGUAAUGACAACUCUCUCUUCAACUUCUGGCAAAAUAUUUGUGAUUCUACAAGGCCUGUCUCGUGUACACAAUUGAACAAUACCUUCCAAUUAGGGUUGGAGAAUGACAAUACAACUUGGAACAACAACUUGAAUAAUGCCUCCUCGUUUGGUUGGGAGAAUGCCCAUUCAAAUUGGAAUAAUAACAUGAGUAACAACAACAAUUACAUCAAUGAAUAUAAUGAUCCUCCUUCUGUUCAAAGUGAUGCAAUAACUCCAAAUGUUAAUGGAUUUAACUAUUCCAUGGAGGAGAAUACUACGAGAAACAUUGCUCAAUGUACUACACAUGAGAAUGAUGCAUGUGAAUGGGAAGUUUUCCUCAAUGAAGCUUUCAAUGGAGAAGACUAUAAAAAUUUAGAUUGA